AUGGGAAAUACCAACAACAAGUCAUGCGUUUCUUUAUCACGCCGUCGAUCAGUAUAUACUCCACCAACAAAUGUAACAUUUCUGAAUAACGAAGACUUGGAUGUGAGCAGUAGCUACACUCCACGAACACCACGCAACCAAGGCUCUGUUUCAAGAUUUGUGAAAACUCCAAAGAGAAAUGAAAGUGCAGGGUCGUUAUGCAAAUGGAACGAAACGCUCGAAACGUACUCGACUGAAUCAACUCCAAGAACCGAGAGAAAGAUGCCAAAAUACUUCUCUGACGUCACUUCAGUUUUCUCAAGACAUCCUUUGUCUCCACGGAGUUCUCCAAAAAACUCGCCAAGGUCCACCAAAUGUUCUCCUCGAAAAAAUGCCCCAAAUGUCUCGGCAUUCCGCCCAGUCAAUCUCUCAGAAAGUGAUGAUUUUCAAGAUGAAACAUAUCAAGAAGCGUGGUGCCAGAACGAAAGCACAUUUAAGGCUGAAAAUUUUGAGAACCUCGAGCGACUUAAGAAUGCCACGAAGAUGAGUAAUGCUAAACUCAUCUUCGACUCAAGAGUGGACGAAAUAGACUCAAGAAAUCUCAACUCUCAUAUUGCUUAUAAGGAUAAUAUUAUGGUAGUCAUAGUGACCGACCAGAAUGAAGUCUUUGGCUGUUUUCACGAAGAAGCGCUACCUAACGCAAGCUACGAAGGAAGUCAGCAAAUAGUGUCAACAAAAAACUUCUUCCUCUUCACUUGGAAAAAUAAAAUUUUCAAAACGUACGAAAGAAAAGAAAACGUCGACAAGACUUUCAACGUACACUCAACAUCAACACAACAGUUUGUGUUGUCAGUGUUCUCGGCGUUUUGGGUGCUCAAGACAGGAGAGGUGUAUGUCCACCAAAAUAUCAAAGAGAAUUACAAAAUUAAGACUACAAGUAACAACCCCUUCUUCGAAAGUAGCGCGAAGCCCAACGCACAACUCAAGCAUCUCUUUGUUCUCCAGUGGGAAUGA